UAGUAUUUAGACGUCGUGAUAGGUGGACCAGGUGAUAUCAUCCUUUCUAACCGGUGUUAAAAAGAAAACCAUGGUUUUCUACCCCUUCGACAAGAGGAUCCAAUCUCGAGACCCCAUAGAACUCAAGAGUAGAAUACGUCUGGUAUCUUACUGGAAACUGCUGCGACUAUUUUUGACGGAUUUUCUCCAACUAUUCAACAUAUUUUUUGUCCAAUACAAACUGUUUCAUCUGGAUAUUGAAAAUGAAAUCGGCUACAUUGCAACACUUGUGAUUUCCUUGUUGUCGGGGGUAGUUACCUUGAUUUUCAGCAUACGGAUUGAUAAAAUAAAUCGCAAGAACCCAGCUACAAUUAUGUCGAUCGUAAUUUUCUCACUUUUGGCCGUAAAAUACAUCAUCGACUCGUGGUUUGCUCCACCGAGAAUUCUUUGCUGUGGACCGUAUGGAAAGAUCGUGACGAAGCUAAUAACAUCAAUUUUUGUGUUGUUCCAAGUGCCAAACUCUUUUCGACAAAUUGUUGUCACGAUUUAUGCUGUUAGGUGUAAAUUUUCGAAAACCGAAGAAGACAGAAUUAAAUUUUAUGAUGAAAUGGUCGAUGCUGAAGCCGACGCCGGGUUGCUAGGAAUACUGGAGUGCUAUCUAAGGGGGGCGCCUCAGCUGAUCGUCCAGAUUACUCUCGUUUUCUUCAGACACGAUGAUUUUACACAAAUUUCGUGGCUUGAACAAGUUUCUAUUGCUGCUGCUUUGGGUGUGGUGCUACCAUGGACUGCAACCUCCUACCAUAAUUCGCUAAGAACCCAGAAGAAUGACCAUUUUCCAUUUUCAACAGUGGUGGUGUUUUUCAUAUGGAAUGCAUUCCUCCUAGCAGCAAGAAUUCUUGGUAUUAGUGUAGUUCUAGCGUUUUGGCCUGUACAUACGGGUGUAACAAUUCUAGUCCAUUGGCUGGUGGCAACACUUUUGUUGUAUUAUAAUUUUCCACCAGUUGAUUUUUAUAAGAAGAACAAAAUCUGGCAUUUUAUGUUCUGCUCAAUUUUUGGGCUGGUUUAUAUUUUUAAUUCUAUUAAUAUGACCAAAGAAAAAAAGUUUUGGCAUUACAUGUGCUUCUAUGGGACUGUAUUUUUGGAAAAUACAGUUUCACUUAUUCUAUGGUGUACAAACGAAUAUACUAAGACUGUGAUAUAUAGAAUUAGUUUUGUUACUGUGAGUGAAAUUUUGUUUAUGGGUGGCAUUCUUAUUAUGAUUUUGUAUUAUGUAAAAUUCCAUCCGCGUAACGAGAAGUAUAGGUCUUGUGAAAAUGAUCAGUUUGGUGAAAACAUUCCAUUGAAGAUAUUUAAUAUAAAUCAGUGUGAAAACAAUGAAUCUGUGGAUAUUCCAUCUGUAUAGGACAAAAUCCAAAGUAAUUUGUUCAUAGAUAGGUUUUAAAUAAUAUAAGUAAGUAUAAGUAUAAGUACUAUAAGAAUCGCAAAUUCUUUUUAAUUUUAUAAAGAUAAAUAAGUGUUUCGUUUUCAUUAAUUUUGUUUGUACUGAUUAGCAUAAAUCUUAUAAACCUACUCUGGUAGUCAGGGAUAUUUCUGCACAGCCAUGUCAUAUGUAUUAAAAUAUAAGUUAUUUAAAACUUAAGCCUGAAUAUCUCUAAUUCCAGAGUAAAAUAUGACGUUUCUAGAGUAUAUUUUAUUGUUACUUUAUAGGAGUAUUUAGUAUUUAGUGUUUAAUAUUUAUUCAUAAUUUAUUUGUCUGUUCAAUGAUAUAGUGUUACUUAAUAAUUUCAAGUUAACGUAUCCAGCGUUAAGGUAAACGCUUUGUAAAACAACACGUCAAUCAAUUAAAUACUUAUGUAAUAUUGUAGAUUUUAAAAUUUCUUGCAAAUUUUUGUUCAAUAUAAGUUGUCCAUGUUUACAUAUACCUAUCAUGUGAUUUUUUAUUUAUGCUUGUCUUGGAUAUGUUUAUUUCAUUUAAAAAUUUAUGUAUUAUGACACUACCAUCAGCUUAUAUUUAUGCUUGUCUUAGAUAUGUGAAAGCUAAUCCCAAUCAGUUUAGAUCCCUGGACCAUGAGCAUCAAACAAGAUAUGAAGAAUGGCUACAAACAGAUUUUCAAAGAUUAACGAGAACAAGAACAGCUCUACGGUAUUAUUGUAUUACACUAUUUAAUGUACUUCCAGUGUCAUUAAAAGAGUUACCUGAGAA